GAUAUUGCAUAAAUACUUGAUGCACUAUCGUGAACAAAUAAUCCUGUCUCAUAGAGAUAUUUGUGUUUCGUUUGAGUAUGAAUAAGUAAGGAAUCACUGAUGUUUAACGAAUACAAACCUUGGUUUUUAACUUGGUGGGAGGUAGCAUCAAAAGACGGUGAUGCUUUGGAAAGAGCAGCGUCACGGGGGAAAACUGAAAUAGCCAAACUAAUACUAACUUCCGGUGCUGAUCCUAACAAGGGUUAUGCGUUUGAAAGAGCAGCAUCACGGGGCGAAACUGAAAUAAUCAAGCUACUACUUACUUCCGGCGCUGAUCCUAACAAGGGAUAUGCGUGGGAAAGAGCAGCAUCACGGGGCGAAACUGAAAUAAUCAGACUACUACUUAUUUCCGGCGCUGAUCCUAACAAGGGAUAUGCGUUGGAAAGAGCAGCAUCACGGGGCGAAACUGAAAUAAUCAGACUACUACUUAUUUCCGGCGCUGAUCCUAACAAGGUGAGCGCUGUCAUCGGUGAUUAUUCGUUUUCAUCAUUUUAA